CUCACUUGGGGCCCAGGCUACCGGAGAAGGCGCGCGGACCAGCGGACUGGGCGAGUGUCCCUGCCCGCCCCACCACUCGCCGCCCCUGCUGGCCCGCCCGCCGGUGGGUGGGCGCUUUCCUCCGCUCCCCGAGACACUUUGCAGACGCUCCCCGGCGCCGGGCAUGGGCGCCGUCACCGCCUUCGGUCCCCGGGCCAGAUUCCUUGCGCGGGUGGUGCCUCUGAGGCGCUUAGCUGUCCGGGUCCGCCGGAGGCCGCGCCAUGAAUGACCGAAACAGUCGGAGGAAGACACUGAAGAAGGACGAUGAGGCCUUUGAGAUCUCCAUCCCCUUCGACGAGUCGCCCCACCUAGACCCACAGCUCUUUUACAGUCUGAGCCCCUCUCGGGGAAACUUUGAGGAGCCUCCGGAGGCUGCAUCCCUGAUGAACAGCGUCAGGGCGCAGCUGCACAUGGCCCUGGAACGGAACUCAUGGCUGCAGAAGCGCAUCGAGGACCUGGAGGAGGAGAGGGACUUUUUGCGGUGUCAGCUGGACAAGUUCAUCUCCUCUGCGCGGAUGGAUGCAGAGGACCACUGCCGGGUGAAGCCUGGGCCCCGGCGGGUUGAGGGCGACAGCCGGGGUGGGGCUGGGGGCGAGGCCUCAGACCCUGAGUCGGCAGCCUCCACGAUCAGCGGAGUAUCUGAAGAAGGCAGUAACGUCGACAGGAAGAGGCAGAGGCAGAAGGGAGGCCCUAGCCGGAGGCGCUUUGGGAAGCCCAAAGCUCGGGAGAGGCAGCGGGUGAAGGACGCAGACGGUGUCCUCUGCCGCUACAAGAAGAUCCUGGGCACCUUCCAGAAGCUGAAGAGCAUGUCACGGGCCUUUGAGCACCACCGUGUGGACCGCAACACGGUGGCGCUGACCACGCCUAUCGCAGAGUUGCUCAUUGUUGCCCCUGAGAAGCUGGCGGAGGUGGGUGAGUUCGACCCCUCCAAGGAGCGUUUGCUGGAGUACUCGCGCCGCUGCUUCCUGGCCUUGGAUGACGAGACCCUCAAGAAGGUGCAGGCCCUCAAGAAGAGCAAGCUGCUGCUUCCCAUCACCUACCGUUUCAAGCGGUGAUCCCGCCCACCUGGCCCGGGACCUGCCCUCCGA